AUGGCGUCCCAGGAUACACAGCAGUCGGCACGAUGUCUGCCAAUGAAAGCCGAGACCAUCGCUGGGAGCUCGUCGGAAAAACAGACUGCGGUUCUGGACAUACUCUUCGAGCCAUCCGAGGCGCUUCAUGACCUGGCGGUUCCCUUGCUCCAGACGCCCUUUAACUCAUACAGCGAGCUCAUCAACUGCGUAGGGGCUAAACUACACCAGCUAGCCGAGAGAGCGGCAUCCGAUGACAGCGACAAGCAAGUCCUCUAUGACAUCCUGGGCUCGCAUCCUCGUCUCGGAGCCUCAAAGGCUACACAUCUCAGUGACUUUAGUAAACUUGAGCAGGCGAACCUCUCAACUCCGGGCGAGGGAGGCGAAGAAGCUCAGCAAUUAGAGAAGUUAAAUGAAGAAUAUGAAAAGACCUUUCCUGGUUUACGAUACGUGGUGUUCGUAUGCGGGCGGAGGAGAGAUGUCAUUAUGGAGGAUAUGCGUCAUCGCAUCGAUGCCGGAGAUGUCUCUAGAGAAAUUAAUACUACUAUAACGGUAAGUUUGCUCCCAUGCCCCCGAUCUUACUGUCUCUAUUCCAUAUAA